AUGUAUGUGGUGGAAAGCAAAGGAGGAGCAAUAGCAUGUAUGCUCAUGUCUUUGUUGUUCUUGGGUACAUGGCCUGCUGUGUUAGCCUUCCUCGAAAGGCGAGGCAGGCUUCCUCAACAUACUUAUCUCGAUUACUCCAUUACCAAUCUCUUGGCUGCUGUGAUCUUUGCCCUUACUCUUGGUCAGAUGGGGGAUGCCAAACCUAGCAUGCCUAAUUUCUUAACCCAACUUCAUCAGGAUAACUGGCCUUCUGUGUUAUUUGCAAUGGUGGGUGGAGUAGUCCUUUCUAUCGGAAAUUUAUCUACACAAUAUGCUUGGGCAUUAGUAGGGUUAUCAGUAGUAGAGGUGGUCGGUUCUAGCAUUACUGUCGUAAUUGGCACCACACUAAACUAUUUCCUCGAUGACAAAAUUAACAAGGCUGACAUUCUUUUCCCGGGUGUUGCAUGUUUCCUGAUUGCUGUCAUUUUGGGUUCACUUGUUCAUUCAUCUAAUGCCUCCGAUAACAAGAAAAAGCUGAGUCAUUUGUCAAGUGUCACUUUUGACAGUAACAAGGGUGCUUCAGUGGAUCCUGAAAAGGAAAGACAAACUAAGGUAGUUGCACAGUUCGGAACAGCAGAGUACCUCAUAGAACUUGAGAAUAAGAGAUCCAUAAAGGUGUUUGAUAAGGGCAUUUGGCUUGGACUCGCUAUAACUUUCUUUUCCGGGAUCUGCUUCUCUAUGUUCUCUCCAGCCUUCAACCUAGCAACAAAUGACCAGUUCCAUCUCCUACAGAAAGGGAUCCCUCAUUUGGUGGUUUACACUGCUUUCUUCUACUUCUCAGCCUGCUGUUUCGUGGUUGCCAUCGUUCUGAACAUCAUUUUCCUAUACCACCCUAUCUUGAGCUUGCCCAAGUCUUCGUUUAAGGCGUACCUGGCAGACACGGAAGGAAGAGGAUGGGCCUUACUUGCAGGGGUUCUCUGUGGUUUUGGGAAUGGCCUUCAGUUUAUGGGAGGUCAGGCUGCAGGUUAUGCUGCAGCUGACGCUGUUCAGGUAUCUCAGAUCUCAUCCACAGCGCGUACAAAUCCUUGGUUUAAUUCUGAAUACAUCAAAUUAACUUGGAUAGAAUUUUGAAUGUUAAUA